AAUUGCAUCCUAACCGCCCCUGCAAGGCGUCAGUGUGAACCCCGCGCACCCUUGAGAACCGGAGCCGGGCGCUAAGAUGGCGGCUGCCGACGGAGAUGACUCUCUUUACCCUAUCGCUGUACUAAUCGACGAGCUGCGGAACGAGGACGUUCAGCUUCGUCUGAACAGCAUCAAGAAACUAUCCACUAUUGCACUGGCUCUGGGGGUCGAGAGGACGCGCAGUGAGCUUUUACCUUUCCUCACAGACACCAUCUAUGAUGAAGAUGAAGUGCUUCUUGCUUUGGCUGAACAGCUGGGAACCUUCACUGCUCUCGUUGGGGGCCCUGAAUAUGUCCACUGCUUGCUGCCGCCCCUGGAGAGCCUUGCCACAGUUGAGGAGACGGUGGUACGGGACAAGGCAGUGGAGUCCCUGCGAGCCACCUCCCACGAACACUCUCCGUCUGACCUCGAGGCCCACUUUGUACCCUUGGUAAAGCGCCUAGCCGGUGGUGACUGGUUCACCUCCCGCACCUCAGCAUGUGGCCUCUUCAGUGUCUGUUACCCCCGAGUGUCCAGUUCAGUCAAAGCUGAGCUCCGACAGUAUUUCCGGAAUUUGUGCUCAGAUGACACUCCCAUGGUGAGGCGAGCCGCAGCCUCCAAACUGGGGGAAUUUGCUAAGGUCUUGGAGCUGGAACAUGUCAAGAGCGAAAUCAUCCCCAUGUUUUCUAACUUGGCCUCUGAUGAGCAGGACUCAGUGCGCUUGUUGGCUGUGGAGGCCUGUGUUAACAUUGCUCAGCUCCUGCCCCAGGAGGAUCUGGAGUCCUUGGUGAUGCCCACGUUACGGCAAGCUGCAGAAGACAAAUCUUGGAGGGUCCGUUACAUGGUGGCUGACAAGUUCACAGAGCUUCAGAAAGCAGUUGGACCAGAAAUCACCAAGACUGAUUUAGUCCCAGCCUUCCAGAACCUCAUGAAAGACUGUGAAGCUGAAGUGCGCGCUGCUGCAUCCCAUAAAGUCAAAGAGUUCUGCGAGAACUUGUCUCCGGACUGCCGCGAGAACGUCAUCAUGACCCAGAUCUUGCCCUGCAUCAAGGAACUGGUGUCGGAUGCCAAUCAGCACGUCAAGUCCGCUCUGGCAUCUGUGAUCAUGGGCCUGUCGCCCAUCUUGGGCAAGGACAACACAAUCGAGCACCUCCUGCCUCUCUUCCUGGCUCAGCUGAAAGACGAGUGCCCUGAAGUCCGACUCAACAUUAUCUCCAACCUGGACUGCGUGAAUGAAGUGAUCGGCAUCCGGCAGCUUUCCCAGUCCCUGCUUCCCGCCAUCGUGGAGUUGGCAGAAGAUGCCAAGUGGCGGGUGCGGCUGGCCAUCAUUGAGUACAUGCCCCUGUUGGCUGGGCAGCUGGGUGUAGAAUUCUUUGAUGAAAAGCUGAACUCCCUUUGCAUGGCCUGGCUGGUGGAUCACGUCUAUGCCAUCCGAGAGGCAGCGACCAGCAACCUCAAGAAGCUGGUGGAGAAGUUUGGCAAGGAUUGGGCCCACGCCACUAUCAUCCCUAAAGUGCUGGCCAUGUCGAACGACCCCAACUAUCUGCAUCGCAUGACCACCCUCUUCUGCAUCAAUGUGCUGUCGGAGGUUUGCGGGCAGGAGAUCACCACCAAGCACAUGCUGCCCACCGUGUUGCGGAUGGCGGGCGACGCCGUGGCCAACGUCCGCUUCAACGUGGCCAAGUCCCUGCAGAAAAUAGGACCAAUCUUGGACAACAGCACCCUUCAGAAUGAGGUGAAGCCAGUGCUGGAAAAACUAACGCAGGACCCCGAUGUGGACGUUAAAUAUUUUGCCCAGGAGGCACUGUCUGUUCUGUCACUGGCUUGAGCUCUGGGACCUGGCGCUGUUGUCUCUUCAACUUGGACACCGUUGGACCGAUCUCCCCCCGCCCCCCAAGUUUUCCCUGCAUGUGUAUAACCAACUCUCCACCCCCCCUUCCCCAGAUCUGCAUGAUGAUAUCGUCCUGCAGUCCCUUCGUCUGGGCCCGUCUUCCUCUUUUACUCUUAGCUCCCUCUUCUCAGAUCUUCCCGGGCAGCUGAUAUAAUCUCUCCCCUGUUCCCCAUCUAGACAGGUUCGGGGUUUUUUUUUCAGUGUCCUUACUUGGGAAGCCGCAAAUAACAUUCUUUCUGCUCCCUAAUGAGGCUCUCAUAAGAGGCAAGACAGCCCUGGAAAGCCACGCUUGCCUUGUUCAAUCAUGAGCCCCCUCUUUACGGAACAGAAGCAAGAGCUGCCUUUUUGGCCGUAGUUUGCAUGAGGCGCGACUGCAGUCCGCUGCAUAGCAUGGGAUCUCGAUCCAGGCCUUUCCCCUGACGGUCAGUGCCGGAGUCACCAGCGUCUGUCUUGCGCGACUCCCUCCAAUUCGACGAGACCCCCCAGCCCCUUGUUUCUCCAUCCCGUGUUUGAGCAGCAGUUGAUCGGGGAGAAGAUGAAAAAGGACCUGGUAUGCUCAUUAGCUAAACGCCAUUUGGAAUCUAACGCAGCAGACGCUACCCCCCCUGUUCUUAGUUAAUUUGAUCUCCUAUUGACUAAACUCUCUUAACAUCACGCUCUCCCUGGCAUUCGUCCAUCUCGCAGUGUGAAGCCGCUUAUGCCCCCGCAUCAGUCCUAAAGCGUUCGAAUCCUUUGUGAAGGAAAGAGGGGGGUGUCUUGAAUUCGACACCCAGUUCAACACUGAACUUGGGCAGAGGGUAUAAACCCAGGCUCAGGUAUUUUGGGUGGGGGGGAGGCGUUUAAAACAAACGUGUAUUUGGUUUAGCCAAGGGCUACAGCUUAACCCUUCCCGGAACGGGGCCGUGGGGUUGACUCUAUGGCAUCUUCAGUCAUUUUGGGAACACGAGGGGGACUCGGGCAGUGAAUCGUAAUGACACAGCGAGAAUGCCCUGUUUCUAUCAUGUGACUGUAAACAAUUAAUUUGACCUGUUUUCUCCUCCCCACCUCCCCCUGUUCACCUCCCCCUGAUUCUCUCCCCAUUCCCUCCGUUUUAAGUUGGCGGCGGCUGCCUCUGUGGUUCUCACACUGGCCAAGAGGGUGCGCUAUAACACAUCUAACGCCCACCGCCCCAUCUGACCUGUUAGUGGCACGUCAUUUUACAUUUGUUGGAUUUUUGUGUGUGUGUGUAUAUCCACUUGUUUUUGUUCUAUCUACAAUUAAUAAAAUGCUCGACCACU